CCAUAAUCAGUUGAUAUUUAAACGGCAAAGAGAAUACAAGUCAUCAAGACGAAAAAGUCCAUUCGAGACAAAAUGAAAUUCUACACUUUAAUUGCAGUAAUUUUUGCCAUUAUUGGCAUUGCUCAAGCUGCUGAUAAAUGUACCGUCAAUGGUAAGACAUUCGAUCAAGGUGAGAAAUAUCAACCCCCAGGAACAUGUGAAAUUUAUGAAUGUUUUGGCAAAAACGGAAUGAUACACUCCAAUUGCCCUCCAAUAGAUACGCUAAAACCCUGCAAAUAUUUUCCACAAGAUACUUCCAAGCCGUAUCCCAAAUGUUGUGCCCGCCAGAAAUGCUAAAUUUGACAAGGGGUUUAUAAUAAUAACGAGUAUAUGUGUGUAUUUCAGUAAAUUAAAUAUUUAACCUGUAUAUAAAUACAUUACUUUUUUCAUAAAUCAAUAUACCGAAAAAUACUUUCUAUCAA